AUGGUUUCAUGGACGGUAUUGUUGGCACCUGGGAAUUAUGGUGCUGUAUGGUCAACCAAAUCCACGUUGAUUUAUUAUAACUUUGCGAAAAUGCAUAUCAAUUCAUCAGCUGUUAGACGAUUGCAAAUAAAUCCUAAUGAUGCCAAUGAUACAUUUCCGAAAUGGGAUAGUUCAUUAAUGCAACAACAACCACAACCACAGAAUAAUUCCAAUGGGAAAGUAUGCAAAGAUGGAAGUGAUUCCGAAGAAGAUUCUGAUACCGAUUCCUCUGAUCGUGAAGAUGACGACGAUGAUUUCAUUUCGAAUAAGGAAUUGCUUUCUCCCGAUCAAGCAGCAAUCAGCGCAAAUAUUGCUGUAAAUGCAGCUCAUACAGUCUUGAAUUUGGUGAUUAAUGAUAAUGAUAUCUUGGAAAAUUUGAGAUAUGUACCAGUACAUAUUCACAUCAUGCUUUAUUACGCUGCAUUGCUUUUAAUGAAUCCCCCAUUGAAAUCUAACAAUAAAUCAGUUGAAUAUAGUCCUGAAGCUCAUUAUAAGAAAUUGCUAUCUAAUUUAAAAACAGUGAACAUUCUUAAGAAGAAGAUUUUAUACUUAAAUGAUGAGGAUCUACGGGAGGAAUUUAAUCGGUUAAUAAGUGCUUUAUUAGAGUCUAGUGAUAAUAUAGAGCUGCUAGAUAGUGAUAGCGGAGCAAGCAGUCGAGGCUCAACUCCAAGAAUAGAGAAAAUAGCGGCAUGGCCAGGUUCAGACCAUGCUCAGUUAAUCAAUCAACAAUUUUAUAAGAAGAAUGAAUGUAUCCACUAUUUAGCUAGUUUAGAAACCAGAUUGUUACAGGCCAUGACACAAAAUUCCGGUGAGUCAAGUUUCCAUUCCAUUGAUAAAAUCAUUGGUCCUGAAAACUAUUACUCAUGGAAACAUGAAUUUGAAGCUGUCGCUACUAGUUAUGAUAUCGAUAGGUAUCUUGAAUUAGGUAUUGACGGCUGUAUUGGUGGUGCCGUUGAUACUAGGGAUAUUGAUCCUAAACAACCAGAUCAACAGCCUCUCGAAGUCUUCGAUUUUGUUCCUGAUGUAGUUAGUUCUAAAUUAAUUCAUACUAUGGAACGGUUCUUGGAUUGGGGUUUCAAGUUUCUGAAGUUAUAA